AUGAGCUAUCCUACCGUCCUCAUAACCACAAUCGAGAGCUUGCGGUUGAGACUGUUCAACAAAAUCAAGGCGGGCGAGUUCUCUUUGGUGGCCUUCAUUGCCAUCCCAUCCAUCCGUCAAGCCCAGAUUGUCGCUCGUACCGGUAACGAGGGUAUCAUCAUCGACUGCGAGCACGGCCACAUCGGCGAUGAUGCCGUGCAUAACUCCGUCGCAGCAAUUUCAGCCCUCAGCGUGUCCCCCGUAGUCCGCAUCGAGCCCAUGAUAUUCUCUAGCAUGCCCUUGAUACAGGUUGUCCGUGGUCAAGGCUCAGCACUCCCUGCAAUCGGCCACGGCCUCACAUCCCCCGGAUACAUGAAGUCCGCCAACGAGACUAUCAUUACCUUGAUUGAAAUUGAGACCCACAGGCGGAGAAAUGGCUUGCAUAGAGUGAACCUCAGAACAAAACGACGUGAAUUUUAG